AUGGACGAACAAAUUGACACAUUUUUAGCCAUCACAGGCUCGUCCGACAACAGCGUGGCCAAACAGUUUCUUGAAAUGGCCGGCGGCGACUUGGAGACCGCUAUUGCACUCUUCUUCGAGCACGGGGGGGCACAGGUGGGCGGAAACGGGAGCACCGUCAGCCAAACCGCCGACGAAGACGCUGAAUUCGCUCAGCAAUUGCAGCGCGAGGCAUACCAAGAGCCACGCGACGUGAGGGAUGCAGAUUCCAACGCCCACUACCACGACACGUUAGUGGAUGACGGGAUGGAUGGGUUCUCUUUCGGCGGUUUGGGCCGUUUGAUGCCCCAGAACGCUCCGACACUGGCAAUGUUCGGUAACGGUGGCAACAGAGGCGUAUUCAACCAAUAUGAGGUGUCAGACGAGGAGAUGAGCGAUGACUACGAAGACGACUACGAGGACGAGGAACGGGCUGAGACGGCGGCAGAUCGCGAGGUCAGGGAGAGGCGCGAGCACCGCAAGAAGUUGGCUGACAUGUUUCGGCCACCGUUCGAAAUCAUUAGCAAAAUGGCGUUGGGUCAAGCCAAAACGUUGGGAAGACAAACAAAACAAUGGAUCUUGGUCAACAUCCAGGACAACACUGACUUUCGGUGCCAGAUAUUGAACCGCGACUUGUGGUCGAGCGCGCUGGUGAAGCAGCUCGUGAAGGAGCACUUUAUCUUUUUACAGUACCAGUCCGACGCCCCCAUCGCGGCCGACUAUGUCCAGUUCUACCCGUUCACCGACUACCCGCACAUCGCGAUCUUGGAUCCCUUGACUGGCGAGCGGUUAAAGUUGUGGAGCGAAAACCCGGAUGUAGAGGACUGGAAGACUGAGGUGUACGAGUUUCUCGAUCGGUUCACCGUCGGGAAGGACUCCAAUCCGACCGUCACACACAAGAAGCGACUCGACCCAUCGGAGUUGACCGAGGAACAGCAGUUCGAGUUGGCCAUGAAGCAGUCGAUGGGCGAGAUUGUCGAAGACACUGAUGCCGUGGAAAUAAUAGAGGGGGAUGAAAGCAACCCAAUCGAUUUAGACUCCGAUCCCGAGGUACCAGAAGCCGAUGGGUUGUCUCCUGAGCAACGCUUGUUUGCGGAAAUUAAACCCGUGAGUCACGAGGAGCCCCAAGACCCCGCCACCACCACUCGGAUACAGAUCCGUACCGGCGACGGGAAGCGUGUGGUGCGCCGUUUCGGUGUAGAAGAUCCUGUCAGGGUGAUCUUUGAGGUGAUCAAGGCAACCUUCGAGCAGGUGAGCGAUAGGCCGUUCGUCUUGACUAGCCAACGCACCAAUUUACUCACCGAGUUGAACAAGACAAUCCAGGAGGCUGGUUUGAAGAAUGCCUCCAUUCUCUUGGAGAUGAGCGAUGUGUAA